AUUACGUGAAAGUAUUAGUGUUUAUUUUCUUAAAGUUACCUAACCUGACGUAACUAUAAUAAUGUCAGUUGUCUAACGUCUUCCUAUCCCCGUAAAACCUCCUUCGUUAAAAAAGUUGCCAGUGAUUAGUUUAUACGAAGUUAUUUUUAACGUAAAUGUUAAAAAAAUCAACGAAAAGUACAUCAUUUCGGAUGACGGCUGACAGUUAAAUUUUGACUUGUGUUUUAAAUCAGUUUCAACAUCAAACACACAUGAAUACUGAAGAAGAUGACAAUUCUAGAGAAUGAUGUGAUUCCUAUGCGCAACAAAUUAUCUCUGACAAAAACAAAAUACAAAACAAGCGAUCAACUGAAAAGAAAAUACGCCUUCGAAGAAGAUUCCAUUCCGGCUAAGAAACAAGCAUUUAACGAAAUGUUGAACGGUUAUAGAGGAGAGCAGCGUAGCAACGGGGACUCUUCCCAAGAUCCUCCGGUCGCUACUUUAUCGAAUAUGGGAAAUACUUGUUAUUUGAAUAGUGUUUUGUAUACUUUGAGAUUCGCGCCUACGUUUUUGCAUAAUUUACAUCAUUUGAUCGGCGAUUUAUCUCUAGUCAGUUCGAAAUUAAAUCAAACUAAAGCCAAGACGUCGUCUUUAGGUAGAAAUAUUGGGUCGAUUACGGGGCCGAGUUCCCGUAGUACGAGCAGUAAAGACUUGUUAUCUUUAGGCAGUUCGUGUGACAUUAUUCCCAAAUCGAAAGUGCAAGUGGUUACUGAAAAAUUACACGAAUUAUUUAUGACUAUGCACACUUUGGAAAUGAAAGAAUCCAAUGAUCCCUAUCAACCUGUGGCUUUGUUACAAGCCGUAAGGGAGGCCAAUUCCAUAUUUGAAGGAAACAAUCAACAAGACGCUCACGAACUCCUUGUAUAUUUAUUGGACAAUAUUCGUGAAACCUGUGAUGUUUUAACCCAACAAGUUCAACAGAAUCCCGAAUUACUCACCGAAACCGAAGCCCUACCUACAGUAAAUAGCAGCAAAAUAUGGAACGUUCGAAAUUCUUGGAAAAAAAGCCUCAAAAAGAAAGACAAAUCAACAAAAGAAUCCAUUACGGAAGAGCAAGUAAACGGUUCCCAUAUAACCGACGCCGAAGAUGCGACUUCGGUGGACGGCUCCAACAGCUCCACCAAGAGGAAACUCUGCUACAAUUUCGUAGCCGAAGAUUUCGAAGGAAUAACGUUGAGACGCACCAAGUGUUUGGAAUGUGAAGGCGUCACCGAACGCAAGGAACCUUUCUACGACAUACCCGUGCCCAUAUCGUUGAAGGACGAAGACGCCGAAGACGUCAACGUCAGCGAUAUAUUUCGAAGGGCGUGCGUCACUACCGAGAAAUUGUGCGAUUCCAAUAAAUAUCUUUGCGAAAAUUGCGAACGUUACAACGAGGCCAGCAGGGAAGUGCUGUUCGAAAAAUUGCCUAACAUCAUGGUGUUGCAAUUGAAGAGGUUCACCACGUCUACGAUGGGCGUACAAAAAGUUAAUACUUAUCUACCGACGCCGUUGGCUUUGGAAUGUUUUUGCGAGAGUUGUUGUAAGGUGGAAGAAAAUCAAUCGCGCAUCCACCGAUACAAAUUGUGUUGCGUUAUAAUGCAUUUGGGGGGUACGAUGGCAUCCGGACAUUAUAUAGCGUACGUCAAAGCUACGGAUCAUUUGGAAGAUUAUACGGAUUGUACGAGGGAUUUACCGAAAGGUAGUUUAUCGGCCAGCAGCAGCGAAAAAUCAUUGAAUAUAUUGAAAUUUUUGAAACCGAGAUCGUUGGGGGGUUCUUUGAUUGAUAGCAGGAACGGUUUGACGUCUAGGAGCGUCAAUUCUAUCAGGACCUGCAAGAGUAUGGAUUGUUGUGGGGUUAAAAUCAACAAAAACGUCGUGGAAAACGUGAUAAACAGUUUUUCGCGUAAAAUUGUCCACGAUUACAAAUGGCAUCCGAAUAAUAAUUGUGCGUCGUCGCCUUCCUCUGAAGAUAUGUGGUUGGAAUGCGACGACGAGAACGUUAGGGCGUUAACGACUCAAGAAUUCAUCGAAGAGUUGGCCCACAAACCGAAUUCGACGUCGACGCCCUAUUUACUCUUUUACGCCAAAAUAACCGACCAACAUACUGAAUAGUGAUAUGAUGGUAGAUAGUUCGAUAGGUUUAUUCAAAAGUUAGAUGUGGAUAUAGUACAAAAAGAGAAAA